AGCGGUCCGCAGGCACCCAGCUCGGUGCUCCUCUGCGCCCGCCUGGUUCGCGGGAAGCAGCCUUAGGUACAGCGGAGGAUCGCCGAAUCAUCGCUGCCUUCUCCCACACCCUCCGCCCUCGGCGGAGCAGCGCUCGAUGGAAGUAUUUGAAGGUGAACCUCAAGACACAAGCCUGGGUUGCAGUAUUCCUGAAGGUUACACGGUUUUGAAGUCACAUAUGAAAUACAAGUAUACACCCCUGGGCUUAAUGUGUACUUAGUUCAUUACUCGGAUGGCUCUGCCCCCUCCAGAUCCACAGUUUGUUCUCAGAGGCACCAGUGCUGCAGUCCACACUCUGCAUUUUUCCUGUGAAGGCCAAGAACAUGAUGUCCCCAUUCUUUUCUCUGGGUCUGAGAAUGGAUUUAUCCAUGUCUGGAACCUGAAAACACACAGAGUGGACACAGCACUGGAUGGCCAUGGAAGAAAAUCUGUCUACUGCGUCAAGACAAUGGGUGGUAAAGACAGGCUUCUCAGUCAGGGUCGUGACCAGAGGAUCUGCUUGUGGGAUUUAGCAGAGGGACGAACUUCGGUGACGGAUUCUGUCUUCACAGAGAAUGUGGGAUUCUGCAGAUGCUCGCUGUUAAAGGUGGCACAGGGACGCUGGCUAAUGGCCAUGGCAGCCAAAUCCCUGGAGGAGGUUCAGGUUUUGGAGCUGCCAUCCAAGACAUCAGUCUGUACCUUGAAGCCAGAGGUGGGUGCCAAGCUGGGCAUGCCCAUGUGUCUGAAGUUAUGGCAGCUCAGCUGUGGUUCACAACCUUCGCUUCUGGCUGGCUAUGAAGAUGGAUCAGUGGUCCUUUGGAAUUUGUCAAUGGGAAAAGCGUUGAGCCAACUUCUUUGCCACCAGGAGCCAGUGAUGAGCCUUGACUUUGACUCGGAGAAGGCCAAGGGGAUCUCGGCCUCGUCUGAAAAGGUGCUUAGCAUCUGGAGCCUCAAUGAGCAACAGAACCUCCAGGUUUACAAAACACACACACUUGUCAAUGCUGGCAUAUCUGAUAUCACCAUCCGUCCAGACAAGAAGAUUUUAGCAACAGCAGGGUGGGAUCAUCGCAUCAGGAUCUUUGGCUGGAAAAAACUGAAGCCCUUAGCAGUGCUGGACUACCACACAGCAACCGUCCAUUGUGUGUCCUUCUCAGAUCACAAAAAUUCCAGUGAGAGACUGCUGGCAGCUGGCUCAAAAGAUCACCGCAUCAGUAUCUGGUCAAUAUAUACUCAGACAUGACAUGUUCUGCACUGUCAUGGACUAGGAAAACGGGAUUGGCGAAGCAAUUCUUUACACUGUAAUUCAAACCUGGAUCUGGGGAAGUAGGAGAAUGUAUUUCCAAGCUGAAGUGAGAGUCCAAGAUUAAUUCUUAUGCUGCUUGUUCAAGCUGCGAGUUUUGUUUUUCUGAGAGGGAAGUGGAUUUUUAAAAUUCAUAACAAGCAGAGCAAGGGCAGUCACAAACGAAGACACAGAACAAGUCAUUCUGGGUUCUGCUACAGGUUUUGCAAUAGCUUUUCUUUGGCAGGUUGCUUAAAUAACUUGUGCCACUAUCUUUUUUUGUGAAAAGGACUGGAAUCGCUCAGAUUGCAGUGGGGGCAGAAUAUGUCUGGUUUUAAGUCAUUUAUGUAUGCAGUAAUCUGAAUCAGUGUAAAAUACCACUCUUUCUUGAAAAGUAAUACCCAUUAAACCACCUCCAGUGGUUUCUCAUUGUCAGUUACUUUUUCUUCCCUGUAACUGAAAGGCUAUCGGAACAACCUUGAUUUGUUCACAGUUCUGUCAGUGUCUAACUUAAACCAACAGCCAGGAAUGUGACUAGGGACGGCCUUUGGCAUUUAUGAAUUUCAUUAUGUCUCCUGUCACCUCAAGCCUUACAAUUAAUCACAAGAAAGAAAGGGAAAAAAAGUCUUCCCUGCACUGCACUGCAAAGCUAUGUAAAGCCUUUUACAGAGCCAGUGCUAAAUCCUUUCCAUAGACUGACGAGCUGAAGGAUUUAAACUCACCAAUCCAAUUAGCGCUUUUCUCCUUGGAGAGUUAGGGGUAGGUUUCAGUGUGGCACGUCUGGGAUUCAGCUACACAAGUCCCAUUAACAUUUAGGGGAAUUGCAUGGAUAAAUCCUUAUCCGCACAAUGCGAAUGGCUCCAUUAACUUGUGUCUACAGUUAUGGAAGCUGAAAUUCAUUCAUGAAGGUUUUUGUGUUUGAAUCAUGAAGUAGCGUUUGCAUUCUUUUAAAGCAUAUUAGACAUUCAACAGUCUGUUCAUAGACACCUUACUGUUGUAUUCAGUCACAAAAUUGCAGUUACAACUGUCCCACUGAAACAAUUAGCAAGGGCCAGUUUGUUCAAAGGGAGGUGGCCUGAAAACUAGAACUCAGCUCUACAAACUGGUCUGUGACCAGGCUGUGCACUGUUGAUACUUUAUUUGAAAUAUUUGUUUCUACCUCUGUACAGAGCUGGACAUCAAAGCAAAAGUCACCAGAAGUGUAGUAAACAGCAACAUCAAAAAACUAGAAAUUAUUUCAGGGAAAGCACAGGAGCAAAUUAAGGUUUGGGUCUGCUAUCCAGCUGUGCUUUACAGGCAGAAAAUACUGUUGGACUAAAAGUCUUAAGCACCAAGCUUGAUGGUCGUUUUGUUAUAACACACAAACAGGAUACUGUUGCCAGACUUUUAUAAAAAACUUGGCCUUACACAUUUUGGAGUGUGAUGACACUUUAAAUAAUGAAUUUCUUUGAUUAUUUCUUUACUAUUUGGUAGCUGCAUGGAGGAUCACAUAGCAACUGAAAGCUAAAGCCUAAUUUUGAGUGAUGCUGAGUCAAUGGGAGGUGCUGGUGUUCAUUACGUCUCGAGUUGCGCAGACGGUAAAAGUGCUCCAUCUCCACCCAUCAUCCACCUCCCACACUGAGGAGGAGCUACCAACACCAUACAAGAGGCUCCAGCCAGCAGCCUGAUGAAAUGAGGCAGGGUCCCUCUCCACAGACCUGCUGCUGGAAGAAACCUUUUCUUUUUUUCUUUUUCUCCUUUCUUAAAGUAGGUCAGAAUUGACAUAGAUAAACAAACAAACAAAUAAAUAAAUACAGGAAACAUUGCCGUGUGUGGUCCAGGGACCUGUGAUAGGGAAUUUGCAAAGAGAUUUCCUUUUGCCUGCCCUGUCUCACACUACACCACACAUGAAGCCUGUCAGGCAGCCUUGAGAUUGGUGUCUUCUGUUUGAGUGGUGCUCUUGAAACAGAACUUAGUGAAAUCCUGCUGUACGGGAACAAUUUCACAAUCAUGUCAUUUUUAAAAGGACAUAAUGCUGUGGAUGCAUGCUUAGGCUUUAGUUUCCACUUAGGUUAUAAAUAAAUAAGUUAAAUAUUAAAUUGAAUAAGUCUCCAUCUGUUCAGGAGAGUACCCUGCUCUGCACUGUAACCUAUAGUCACUGCACCUUUUUAAUCAACAACCUUGAAGGGAGAGCCGAUGCCUGAAAAAGCACUGUCAAGACGGUGAUUGGGCACUGUCCUGUAAGGUGAAAAAAAACAGCUCUGCAUCACCUCAAGCAUGGAUGUAGGUGUCUUGUGUCAAAAAUCAGCAGUUUAUCCCCCGUUCAACACCAAGGUACAGAGUUAGAGGCACGGCUGCUACCAUCAUUUUGCAUGGAUCAAGGCCAGGGAUACCUUCUUGGGACUCCUAGAACAACAGGCAUGGGAAUGCUCAGUGCUGGAGUCCAGCCUGCAUUUUGAACUAUCUGAAAAACUUAGCUUCUCAUAAAAAUUUAAGUUUCCACAGCUUAUCACUCCAAAACAAAACAAAACCAGAACAGCCCCGACCAUCAAGACACAUAGUCUGUCUCUGCAUCGUGAACCCACACUCAGUUUCUUCUCUCAACUGUGCAUCCCCGCUAUUAAAAGUUGCUUUUCCCCCUUCCUUCCCACAGACUUGAGCUGUUCUGCAGCAGCCCUGGGGGUGGGGAGUGGCCUGGAGGCUGCAAGCAUGCCUCUUGUCUAUGGCAGCAAACAGCAGCCUACCUGUUGGGCAAUUUCCACAUAAUUAAGCUGUAGGUUUAAUGCUCAUCCAGCAGAAAAGGAAAGGAAACCCAGGGCUCACACAUCUUGGGCAAAUGGUUAUGGUAGGAAAUGAGAAGGGCCAAGCUUGGUCCCAGUAAAGAAGUCCUCCUCCCUCCUCUAAUCCUUUUGACAGGAAAAGACAACUGUGCCACCAGAGAUUAUUCUAAGUGGUAAGAAGCCAGAUUCAAGGCUGGAGCAGCGAUUUAAGAUGCAAAGCUCUCCAUCAUUUCAGGGCAGCUCCAUGCUCAGCACACUGCUUGUUCUGGAUGGUGGUUACGGGCACCUCCUGCUCCAGGGCCGCUGUGAGGCUCCGAGGCAUUGCUGCAGCCUGGCUGGUGGCUGGGCUCACAGCCACCCCCACCCCAUUCUAGACCUCCGGUCCCAAAGCAGUACACAAAAUGUAUCAUUAAUGAAGGCCUGAGCACCUUACAUCCACCAUAGGAAAUAAAUAUGCAAAUACUGUGAUAUUGGCACAGUGGCAGCCCCCUAAAAAAAAAAAAAGGGUUAAUACCCCAUGUCUUAAGAGUGCUAUUAGAUCAGAACCUGAAAGUUAGUAACUCUUGAGUAUAUUCUUUUCGCUGGAAAAUGCCAUGUACUGUCAACAUCAGUGGCUAAAAUAAUCAUGGAGACUCACAAGGGAUAUUUAGAUUUACUAAUAGGUCUUUUGAAAGAUAUGUUAAGGAUUACUAUGUGCAUUCACAUCUUAACCUACCACUCUUUUAUGGGGUUUAAAUAUUUAUGUUUGUCUGACUAGGUAGAUUUAAAAAUAAACUCAGUCAUGCAAGCACAGAUCGAAGAUGAGGGCAUGAACUGCAUCUGUAAUCUUACUAGCAGGCAGACACAGAGGUAAAGAGUUUCAUCAACUUCAAGAGGAAGGACACAUGUUGUAGAUCUGCUUGCAAGAACAGACCCAUCCUAUCCUUAUUUACUUCCCAUUACCAAAGAACUAUCCAUGUGAUACUGCUGCACAUUACAACAAUUAAUUCACUAACACUUGACGUCACUACUGAUUUUAUUUGAAUACCCCAUAAAGGGAUUUUUUUUUUUUUUUUGCAUUAUAGUUUCCUUGAAAUGAGCAACCAGACUACAUUAGUUUGAUUUAGAGUUGAGCCUAGAUGCCAUAGUAUGAAUGUGAAUUACAGUCUUCUAAAAGUUUAUUUUCUUAAGGAACUAACCCGGACUUUCCCAAAGUAGAAUGAUUUCCAACAAGAAGGACAGGCUAUAUUGCUAUAGACUGCAAAAUACAAUUGUCUGAUUGCAUCCAGGAUUUUUUUUUUUUCUGCUGGGAAAAAAAAAAAAAAAAAAAAAGCAAGCUCUUUACAAUAGUAACAUGAGCAUGGUUAUCACUCAAGAUUUCAUCUGACUUGCUAGCAGGAAGGUUGUGAGUGAAGAGCCACCUUAAGCUGCUGAAGUUAGCUCUGGAAUCUCACCUGUCAGAAAGGAACAGGGCUAGCCUGUACCUGGCCUAAAGGAUUCAGGAGUGAAGGUGAUGACAGCUGAAUGAUUACAAAAGGCUUCCUCCCAAGAAUCACCGUCUUUGGCACUGUGAGAGGGAAGAAAGCAACCGGCAUUCAUAAACUAAUAGAAAUAAAUCCCAAACACUAGCAUUUGUGCAGCAAUUACAUGGAAUAUUUAUCACCACUGGAAUGAAUGGUGAUCUCUGACCCUCUAACAUUUUUUGCAAAUAAUCUAUUAGUUCCAACCCCUUUCUCUUAUCACUACAUAAGCCAUAAAGCAUUGCAGUCCUAGGUGCAGAUGAGCAAGGAAAGAGGAGAUUUGUGUUUGUAUUUGUAGUAAUGUGUGAAAAAGGAAGUAGGCUGAAGGCCUACAAUGAGACAGCUGUUAAAUUUAGCCCUAUACAAUGCAAUUGCUUUAGUAGGCCAAUAAAUUACUCUCUGCAGCUUGACUUGGAUUGUUGCAAAGAUCUGAGUUGUAAAGAGCAGAUUUUUAUAGUUAAGUAAAUACUGGCUUCUGGACUGCUUUGGUUUUUAGUACCUUCAAGAUGCAUCUGCAAAGCCAGCUUACAAAUUAAUAAAUCUUUCCUUUAAUUCAAUCUGCCAAGAACAAAGAUAGAACACUGACUACUGCAGGAGCCAUGUUAGUGAUGUAAACCAAAGGACUGGGGAUUAAACAAGGAUUACUGAGCGCUAAAUCAAUGUGUUUCCUUUUCUGGCUUUGUGUCUGCGGUGUGAAAGUAUGGAUCAUUACAUAAAACAGGGCACAUGACUGCCUGGAUUAAUACUAGACAAUGUUACAGAAAUGCUGAGACACAAAGUUUGAUGUUUAAGCACAACCAGUGUGCUACCAAGAAAGUGAUGGUGAUGACUAAGGAGGAAGGCAUGGUUUUUCUGGUGCUUGUAGUAUUCGGAAAUUCCAGCCUGGGUCACCCUACUAGAGUAAUUUUUCCAAGUAAACCUGCCUGUGUUUAAUCCAUGCCCUACUUUUCUAGGGCAUGCUGGAGACUUCUUUUAUACUGUGAAGAAAACUAUCAAGAAUUAAGAUCAUUCCAUUUUUUUUGCAAUUCAUUUAAAGAUCUCACAGUAUGAAAUUAAAUGCAAAAACCCAUGUCUGCACUAUCAGAUACAGCAAAUAGAAAUGUAACUUUCUUAAUAGACUUAAAUUGAAGCAUACCACUUGCCAACAUCAUCAAAGCAAGCAUGGAGCAAGUAACUGUACUCUGGAUACCAAAUUCUUUGUCCCCUGACCUUACCACAUACUCUCAUCCCUUUUGGUCAAGACAAGACCAGCAGCCAGAGUUUGGGCUGGUUGAUCACAUAGCCCUUCUUGUGUACGGUUUUAUUUACCACCACCUCUUAUCAAAUACCACAAAAUAACAGGUCUGCUUGGGUUGAGCCAUCUGCUCCCCUAUGCAUUUUUAAAGCUAUCAUCAGCUGCACUUACUCAGCCUAUUAAGAAUUUUGUUCCUGAGUAGUGACACCUCCCCCAAAUACAUUUAGUAGCGAUACACACCCCCAAAUACAUUUCAUGCUUAUGUCUGAGGAGGUAUAUUUUGUUUUAGCCAUUAGUGGUUUAUCCCCCUUCAAUACAAUCCAUCGCAAAAACUUUGACACUAAUCUAUUAUUAAACCACGUAGUUGGGACCAUAGCAACAUCAUCUCUCAGCUGUGAAUGUUUUGCUCAUCUGAUUAAUGGUAUGAAAUAUAUCGGUAUGUUUUAUCAGCGUUACUGUGUACUGCCUUAUUCUUACUUAUCUCAGAGGAAUUUCAUUUGCAGUUUGGUAUUAUAAGAGGAGGGGAAAGGGGGUUGAAGGGGCAAAUCAAAACAAAGCAGCAGCUUGCCCUGGUAAAGUAGGUGAUAAAAAAUUCUGGAAAGCAUGAAGGACCUUGAAGCAAACCACCUCCAGCAAGGCACCAGAUUCUUUGUGGGAAAAGGAUGAGGAUGACACCGAUGAAAAGUACCUAGAGUAAGCAUACAGCAAUAGGUCUGUCUUUGUAAACUUGUACACCAGCUCGUUUCAGUUUCUCAAUUAUUUUCUUUUAUCUCCCUAACAUCCUUAUUUAAAGGUGUUGGAACACUAGGAGAUCCUGUAAACCUCAAUCUACACCACUAAAUAAGCCUGUGCUCACCCAGAGGAGCAUAUAUUUAUUUCUCUACUGUGAACAGUCACAAUGCCAAAAGUUACAGUGCCACUGGAGAUAGCAGCAGGAGAGACUGAGGUCUUGAAGCACCCACAUGUGCUGCAGAAGAACCAUCCCAGAGCAGUACUGACUAUCUCCUUACAGCUGAGUGAGAUGGCAGUGAAAAAAUAUUAAUUAUAACAACUGUCUAUGAAAAGGUGAAGUUCUAACAACAAUAAUAAUUUUUUUAAAAAGCUGUUACAUUAGACUGAGAUUACAGUUGGAUGCCAUUUCCUCCUAGUUUUUAUUCACAGUAUACAUAAAUUAGGGUAGCAAAAAACUAUAGAAAUCCUUUGGCACUAUCUGGACAACAAUGAACUGUCUUUCCUACCAGCUGCAGGGUUAAUUGAUCCUGAUUACGUCCAGAUCAGGGAAUCUAGGAAGGCUGUUAAAAUGCUGAGCCAUUAUUCUGCUCCAUAGCUCUAGCAUCUCACGCUUGCAAAGGUACGUUUUUCAGGCACCCAUGGCAUUGCUUGUAUAAGCAUGUUCUGACAUAGGUAGGAGGAAGGUUGGUGCAUUGGACCUACAUAAUAACUUUAAACAUGGCAGAGAACAUGGACAUGGCAUUUGUCUUGAUGGUAAUUAAAAAAAUUGCUGAUAUGAAAUCUCAGUGAUUCAUGGAUACGUUGUGUUCACAGAAAAGCAUCUAGGAUACUUUUAACAUAAUACUUAUGGGAAGUAUUGUCUUUUCAGAUUUUUUUGCCUCAGAUAUUUUGAUGGCAUGCAGACUUGGCAUCAUGCUAAAUAGAGACAUUGAGCCUUUAUAGUUUUAUCUCUUGAGUCCAUCUGGUUUGAAGUAGUUGACAACAAGCAGGAAAGGGAAUAGAAUGAAAGACUCACUUCAUGUUUGCUGAAAUAAAAGAAAUGUGUAAGGGAGUGCUCAAAUAAAAUCAGCCUGGGAGGAAGGCCACUGGACUCCCCUCUCACACCCCUCCUCUGCCCUUUUAAGAUGAUUGGAACAGGACGGCUUUGCCUGCAAACCCUCCACUCUCAACGCUAGCUCUGACUGUGCUGCUGUCAGGCAAGCUGGAGCACCGAGGGAGAAGCGGAACUGUCUGCCCUCCCGGAAUGAAGGACAAUGGGAGCCCUAAGCAAGCAGAGUGAAAAAGCAAACACAAAAGCAGAGCCCUUGUCCAUCAGUCAAGCUAAAACCAUCGAAAAACUAAUAGUGCAAACACCUCACACGAAGGUGCUUCAGUAAGUUUUACAUGUUGUUUAUUCUGGUUUUAACUUCCUUUUGCAAUUUACAGAUACAGCCCAAGGACUUCAGUCUGAGCACCUGGGCGCUCGUGCAAUUGCCCACAUUACAGGCAGG